AUGAACAUGACGUGGAGGGUGAUGUUUAUUGUAUCGAUAUUUGCUCGUUCUUGUCGAUUUGACUUAGUCAUUCAGAGCCGCGAGGUUGAAGAUUGCUUUAUGGAAUUCGUAUGUCGAGAUUGGUCAGAAUACAUUCCAUUCACUGUUCUCAGCCUUUCUGGCUCACCUGGUACACCAGGCGUGAUGGGUAAUCAUAAAAUUGAACUUCUUUAUAUAUUCUAUCUAUUCUUGUUAGGUUCUCGUGGCCCUCAAGGUCCGCAAGGGAUAAGUGGUCCUCCUGGUCGUGAUGGGUUUAGCGAACGACCGGUGUCAUUCUACGCUGAGUUAUCACGGUUAUCUGUCAUCGAAACUGCUAAUAGUACAGUUCGCCCAUGGAGGUUGUACCAAUCCUAUAAUUUUCGUGCUGUUCCAAAUUAUUUCUCAGCCGAGACAGGGAUUUUUACAGCACCUGCCGAUGGUCUCUACCAAUUCUUUCUUACAAUUGCUGUUUCCCGAUCGAAAGCCUUGGUCAAUAUUGCAAAAAAUGGUCAAUACAUCUGUCCGAUUAGAAUAGACUCAACGAUAACAGCCAACGAUAAAACAAUUGGCUGGGGUUGGGCAAGUGGCUCGAUUGAUUGUUUUAUCUAUUGUCACAUUGGUGAUCAAGUAUCGGUGAUCGGUUCUAAUGAAGACUUUACUUCGCAAAUUUACGGAUAUUCUUAUACAACAUUUUCAGGAUAUAUGUUCUACAGUAAUUAA